AUGUUACUUAACGCCCUUCGCCUUUUGGCUCUCUUGCCUGCGGUAGCGCUCGUUGAAGCGCAAUUAUCAGGCACGGUAGGACCUACCACCAAGUUAUCUGCCAAGGGGCACACUUGCAGCGUCUUGGACUAUGGAGGCAAAGUCGGCAGCACCGACAUCGGGCCCGCCAUAGCCAGCGCGUUCACGAACUGUGUCGUGAAAAACUCAGGGUCGACAUUGUACAUCCCCGCCGGGAACUACGAGAUGAAGACUUGGGUAACGUUGAACCAUGGAACGAAGUGGGCCUUCCAACUUGAUGGGCUUAUUACCCGCACAGCAACUACCGGAGGACACAUGAUCUUGAUCGAGAACGCAGACGAUUUCGAGAUGUACAGCGCAAACUCGGCUGGCGGCAUCCAAGGUCACGGAUACCAGUGCCGUAACGCAGGGUAUGUCUCUUUUUCUUUCGCCCCUCGGCUCAUUCGUAUUGUGAACUCCAACAACUGGUCGAUCCACGACUUGAUCCUCGUGGACUCUCCCGAGUUCCAUCUCAUAGUUCAAGAGGGAUCCAACGGAGAAGUGUAUAACAUGGCCAUCCGUGGUGCGAAUAUUGGUGGCAGCGACGGUAUAGACAUCAGUGGAAACAACCAUUGGGUCCAUGAUGUCGAGGUCACGAACCGCGACGAGUGCGUCACUGUCAAAAGCCCAGCAUCCAACUUCUUGAUUGAGCGCAUUUGGUGCAACCAAUCUGGAGGAAGCGCCAUUGGCAGCCUGGGCGCCAACACUGCAAUCUCUAACAUUGUUUACCGCAACAUCUACACAAACGGUGGCAACCAAGCUAUGAUGAUCAAGUCGCACGGCGGUUCCGGAAGUGUCACCAACGUGCUCAUGCAGGACUUCAUUUCUCACGGUACCGCGUACGGCCUCACUAUCGAUCAGUACUGGUCCAGCCAAGCAGAACAGGCUGGUUCAGGUGUUAAGCUCAGCAAGAUCCAGUUCAAGAACUGGGACGGCGAAGUCGUCGACGGCGUCCAACGCGCCCCUGCACAAUUCAUCUGUGCCGAUGGGGCGCCAUGCGAAGGCGUCACUCUGGACAACGUGAACAUGUGGGGCGCGACAGGCAAGGCGAACUACAAGUGCCGCUCUGCCUUCGGGACUGGCGCGUGCCUGAAGUCGGGCAGCGCAGGCAGCUACGCUCAGACCACGGUAGCAUAUUCCAGGCCAGUCAAUUACCACACUCCGAGCAAGAUGUCAGGAGACCUGGCCGCUGGGUUCGCGACGAACGCCGCAAUCCCUACCCCCACGAUCCCUACUUCGUACUAUCCUGGUCUUUCACAGAUCACUCCCCUGGCGAAAAAUCUCUAG